CCUUCCCCCACCACCAAAAACAAUAACAAACAAAAAACAAAAAUAAAAACAUCGAUAAGUGAACUUCUCAAGUUGCUGAAAAUUUACCAUCAGAUUCAAGCCUGUUUCUGAAAGUUUCAACUCACCCAAUCAGACAAAGGCUGAGGAAGGGAAACAUUUAUCAAGUUACACUGAGGACUCCAUCUGUUAUCUUAGACCUUUGUUACCAAGUGACACAGAGGAGAUACUUGAAGGCAGCUUGAGAGACUUGUUUCACAGAUUCUUCGUCCAAAGAUUUCCAAUUAGGGAGAAGAAGCAGCAGAAAAGGAGAAAAGCCAAGUAUGAGUGAUGAUGAGGCCUUCAUCUACUGACAUUUAACCUGGCGAGAACCGUCGAUGGUGAAGUUGCCUUUUCAGCUGGGAGCUGUCCGUUCAGCUUCCGUAAUAAAUGCAGUCAAAGGGGCAGUCCCUUCCCAUUGCUCACAAAGGUCUUGUUUUUGAACCUCGCCCUCACAGAGGCCGUUUCUCAUCAUGCCAAGCCAACAGAAGAAAAUCAUUUUUUGCAUGGCUGGAGUGUUAAGUUUUGCAUGUGCCCUCGGAGUUGUGACAGCCUUGGGGACACCGUUGUGGAUCAAAGCCACUAUCCUCUGCAAAACGGGAGCUCUGCUCGUGAAUGCCUCAGGGCAGGAGCUGGACAAGUUUAUGGGUGAAAUGCAGUACGGGCUUUUCCACGGAGAGGGUGUGAGGCAGUGUGGGUUAGGAGCAAGGCCCUUUCGGUUCUCAUUUUUUCCAGAUUUGCUCAAAGCAAUCCCAGUGAGCAUCCAUGUCAAUGUCAUUCUCUUCUCUGCCAUCCUUAUUGUGUUAACCAUGGUGGGGACAGCCUUCUUCAUGUACAAUGCUUUUGGAAAACCUUUUGAAACUCUGCAUGGUCCCCUAGGGUUGUACCUUUUGAGCUUCAUUUCAGGCUCCUGUGGCUGUCUUGUCAUGAUAUUGUUUGCCUCUGAAGUGAAAAUCCACCACCUCUCAGAAAAAAUUGCAAAUUAUAAAGAAGGGACUUAUGUCUACAAAACGCAAAGUGAAAAAUAUACCACCUCAUUCUGGGUCGUUUUCUUUUGCUUUUUUGUUCAUUUUCUGAAUGGGCUCCUAAUACGACUUGCUGGAUUUCAGUUCCCUUUUGCAAAAUCUAAAGACGCAGAAACAACUAAUGUAGCUGCAGAUCUAAUGUACUGAAAGGCAAACCUUUCUAUAAUUUUACAAGGGAGUAGACUUGCUUUGGUCACUUUUAGAUGUGGUUAAUUUUGCAUAUCCUUUUAGUCUGCAUAUAUUAAAGCAUCAGGACCCUUCGUGACAAUGUUUACAAAUUACGUACUAAGGAUACAGGCUGGAAAGUAAGGGAAGCAGAAGGAAGGCUUUGAAAAGUUGUUUUAUCUGGUGGGAAAUUGCUUGACCCAGGUAGUUAAAGGCAGUUGACUAGAAUCGACAAAUUGUUACUCCAUAUAUAUAUGUGUGUGUGUGUGUGUGUGUGUGUGUGUAAGAUGUCUUUCUAUCAAAAAGAUAUCAAAGGCACAUGGAAUAUAUUUUAAUAAAAACAAAUAAUAUUUCUAAUAUAUCCACACAUUUGUUGCCAGAUUUCAGAAAACUGAGCUGCAAUCGCUUUCCUAAAACAGUAGUGUAUUAAAUGAACAUCUAUAAAAUGUAUCAACACACAUUUUAAAAAAUUUGUUUAAAGUAUACUCUUAGGCCAGGCGUGGUGACUCACACCUGUAAUUCCAGCACUUUGGGAGGCCAAGGUGGGAAGAUCAUUUGAGUUCAGGAGUUCGAGUUACAGCCUGGGCAAUAAAGUGAGACCCUGUCACUAACAAAAUUAAAAAAUAAAAUAAAUAUAAAAUAUAGGCUUUAAAAAAGCAUAGUCUUAUUAACCAUGUCUGUUGGUCAAAAUUUGCAAACUCUAAAAGAAGAAAAGAAGAAAAAACCAAGCUUAGGGUAUUUUUCCUCCUGUGCCUGAGUCCCAAUUACAUUCACGACAGUACUUUCAAUGAACAUAAUUGUUAGGACCACUGAGGAAUCAUGAAAAAUGAUCUCUGCUUAGUACAUUUGAUGCAAAAUGACUUAUUAGGGGCUGUUUUUCUAGCUAUAGUGUCUCGAGUACUAAUAUGCAAUUAUGAAAAUUAUAUUAAAUCUGGGAUUAUGACGGUAUCACUGUGUCAUCUUGGUCUUGGUCUGGCUGUCACCAAGCAUGACCCAGGUCAACUUUUUUUUCCCCUGAAUUACCCAUCAAAUUGAUCUGCAGCUGACUAAAGGCCACAGCUGAGCCUGGAACUGACCCUUCCUUCAUCCUCAACCUGCUGUCCUCCAGAAAGCACCAAGGAAAAAGCAGAGAAUGACAGCGAACAGAUCACUAGGCCUCUGACCACAGGUGCUGAGUACUCAGCAGCCCUCAUAUAAUAGGUUUGAAAGUACUCCUUAAAAUAAAACACUGUUUCCCUUUGGAACUAUUUACAAGGAUGAAACAACCGUAUACCUGUGAAAUAACUUGCUCUGGUGUCAAUUCGCUAUUCGCCAGCAGACAUCAGAACACACCGAGUUUCCAGAUGCUGGUUUUUCCCCUUAAAUCAGGAAAUACACCUGGACAAUUUCUAGAAGACUACAAUUCAGUCUAGCCACAAAGGGGAUUUUUUUUUUGGUAACAGGCUAGAGCCCAGUUCUGUAAGUCUUUAGUUGAAAUGGUCCAGUACAAAAGCACUGGAAAUGAGUGGGCUAGGAGGACAAGGACCGUCUCCUGCGUGAGGAGUUAGUUGGAGGUCCCCAAGGCCAGGUACCCCCUGCACUCUUAUUGGAUUCCUCUCUGUCUUCUUGGAGUUUUGAAAAACUCCUUCGAACACCAGGCUUUUUUCUUUAGAAAACAAGUCUCCAAUUGUUCUCUGUUCCGUAGAAAGAGAAAGAAAACCUGGAGCAGCUGCUGAAAAAUCUAAUGAGGAACUAAGAGGCAAACCCACCAUGUUCCCUGGCUGGAAAGGAGAAGCAGGGCUGUGACAGACACUCAAAAGGUCCCUGCAGAGCACACCGCACACAAAAUAAAGCAGGAAACAACCCGGCACCAGCAGCGCACCGGUCUCCCUCUCUUCUCGCAGAUGAAACGCAUAGUCCCCAGGCCUAUGGGGAGCCCUUAGAAGAAGGGUCUGGCCAGGACGCUCAUAGGCGGCUCCCACUCGGUGGGAAUCAAAGGCCCCGGGAAUGACAUUCGUUUUGCUGGGACCCGCCCUCCUUCCCCAGGUGGCAGCUAGCCUUCUCACAAGGUCGCGGGGCCCCCUGCUGGCCCUGGGGAGGCGAACACCAUGCCAGGUGGGGAGCCUGUUUAAUUGUCUCAGACACCUUCAUGUCAUCAGUGAGAACAUCAGUGCUGAUGAUGCUGCCAGAAAGAAUGGCAAGAAGAAUGUAUGAACAUCAUCCUAGGUUUGUCCAGGUGGACCCAGCCAAGGCAAGACGUGUUCACCGGAAGAGGAGCAAGCUUCAGAAUGAAGCGAAAACAGAUGCAGAUGGUGCAUUAGAAUGAAGAGGAGGGGCACUCCUUACAUCUGGGCGUCUUACAGUUUGCAGCGGUCUUUUGCUCUUGUGGUCCCAUCUGUUCCUCCAGGGAAGCUGCUUCCAUGUCACAUUCCAGGUAUUCAGGGCCCCUCAAUGAGGCCAGAGUAUCAUACAUGUACACAAUCAAGGCAAGGGACAGUGCUAUUAUUCUCCUCUCCCUCUUGCCCCUUUACCUGGCAAGAGGCUAGGAGAGGGAGACCACCACCCCUUCUUAACCCUGGUGGAGACAGAGGGUGCACUCUGGCAGCGGUAGGGUGCACCAGCUCCAAGGUAAGCGUGGCUUGCUGCUAGAAUGGAUAUUUGUCCCAAUCAUUUACCUAGAGAAACCUGAAUGAGAACAGAGGCAUAGACUCCAGAGGGUGGAAAGUGGGGUGGGGGUGGGGGGAGGAUUAACUUCCCUCUCGAUUUUCCUCACCCUCUCCCCUUCCAAUAAGAUCCAGUGUAGUUAAAACAGUGCAUCUGUUAUAAUAGAAAUGCUGCUUCAAGACCAGGCCAAAGCCCGGCCGUGUUUCUCUAACGGCCUUGCUGCCCCUCAUCCCUUCUAUUUACAUAUCCUGGGGCCUGUACUAGUUCAGUGCUCAGUAUCUGCUCUAGAGACAUGCCCAUUUUCAAGCCCCAUCAACGUGGCAGUUGGUCCCGGCUCAGGGCUGAUGGGUCACCACCAUCAGUGACAAGGGACACAGCAAUGCUGGUCAAUUUAAAGGGCAGACAGAAAGACUGGGCGGGACUGGGGUUUCUGCUUGUGGGCCAAAAUCCCCCCUUGGAAAAAGCCCUCUUGCUCCUGUAAAUACUGAUGUAAACCAAAUUAAAUUAUAUUUUGAUUUACAGACUUAGUGAUAAAUUCCCACCAAGGCAACCAGACACAUCCAUGGGUGUCACAGCUCAGAGCUGGGAUUUACUAGCUUAUCUGGAAAGUCCAAAGACCCAAGUCAGAAAUCUCCAGACUCUCCCCUGCCAGUCCUACUGGACAGUAUCAGGCAAUAGUUAUAGAGACCCCAGGGUGGAAGUGAGGUGAGGGUGAGCUAUGGUGCAGUUAAAAGGCAAGUGUCUUAAGAGAUUGUUUCUUUGCUUGAAUCUUGGUCUGAGGGAUUUUGACCCACUCCGAAAGCAGUAGACAGAAUGAGUUACAAGUUGGUGCGCCCCUCAUUCAGCAAAAGUCCACUUUUCCCUCCGUGAGCCACGAACCCGAUUGAAGAGAAGAGUAAGAGACUUGGGAAUUCCUGCUAGCAGUGUUCUCUCUCUCUCUCCUCUGGUAUAGUUUGUCAGUGGGUUCGCAGAGGAGGAGGCUUGGGCCCCUCAAGUAAUUUAAGCCAGUGCCCUACCAGAAACAUGCAAUUUCAGGGCACAACAUCUGCCACCCUGUUGUUGCACUCUCCUCGGGUUCCAAUUUAUCAUGAACUUUGCCAGUGCAAAAAAGUGUAGCAUAGCUAAUCCAGAGGUGUGGAUUCCAGGAUGCCAUGGCUGUCUGAUUUGCACUUAAAUUUGCCAUCUUUCUCUUUAGCCAAGUGUAAUGAAUAGUGUGCCUUAAUAUAGGGAAGGACGGUGUCUGCUGCACAUCCCAGGCCAGAAGCUCCAAGAGAAUCAGCUGUAUAGACUUUCAUUUGCUGCCAUAUAGCUGCCCCCUUUGCCCUGCUCCUCUGCAGUCACCCUUUCACCCAUGGAAAUUCUAUGUGCUCUUCACCAGUUUCCUCUUCUCUGGAGCACAGUUAAACAGCUAAAGUACAUUUCCCAGUCUCCUUUGGAGUUGGGGCCAUGUGAGUGUGGCUGUACCAAUGACAUGUUGGUUGAAGUGACCUGUGCCAUUUUCAGGCCUGGCCCUGAAAAACAUCCCAUGCAAUCCUCCAGCUCUCUCUUCUUCUGGUGCUGCAUGCAGCCUUGGAAUCUGUGAGAUCCAGAUGGAAGGCUGCAAAACUGGAGCAGGCCUCCUGCCCUGCACUAGAGUACAAGAGUAGUAAAUAAACUUUCUCUGUAAAGCCACUGAUUUUUGGUGAUUGUGACUGUAGCUUAGCCUAAUUUAGCCUAGCCUAGCAAACAGGACCCCAUUCUCCAAGAAAGCUCUUCUGCUGUCUGCCAGGGAGAUGCUUCUCUAGGGCUCCCAAGGCACAGUCUAUGCCAGUGCACCUUGCACCGUCUCCACUUGCUCCUCUCUGUGCCUCUGUCCUUUGUGGCCCUCUGGUCACAUUACCCAUCACCCACUGAAAUGAAGACCGGAGAGUGAAUUGUCUACAUCAAUAACUAAAGAGUAAAUAAACACUUUUGCUUAUGCUGCUGUCCUUCAAGAUUCUUUCCAAAUAUGGGUUAAUAAAUCCUUUUUCAUUAUUCAAAAAGGAUCUAUCUUGCAUCUCCUACAGAUGUAGCUGUGUGUAAGGCACCAAAUAUUGGGAUGGCUAAUGUAAAAAGGGUAAGAAUACAUUUUUUUCUUGAUUUUUG